UGUUAAAAAGGAAGAAAAUGGUUUAGUGACACAAGCUUUAAUUAAAGAAGAAAUAGACAUGGAAAAUGUUAUAAUUAAAGAAGAAAAUGUUAGUAUGGAAUAUCAACCAAUUUAUAAUGAAAAUGAAAAAUUGGAACCCUUUAAAUUGGAAUUGGAUGAAAAAUUAAAUGAAAAUAUUUUAAAACAACAAGAAAAACUGUUUCCAUGUGAUUUUUGUGAUGCACGAUUUAAUCGACACGAUAGUUUACGAAGACAUAGAAGAAUUCAUACCGGGGAAAAACCAUAUUCAUGUGAAACUUGUGGUCAAAAAUUUAAUCAACAAAGUAGUUUAUUUGAACAUAAACGGAUUCAUACUGGUGAAAAACCAUUUUCAUGUGAAAUUUGUGAAAGAAGAUUUACUCAUCAAAGCACAUUAAUAAGACAUAAAUUAACUCAUACUGGGGAAAAAUCAUUUUCAUGUGAGUUUUGCGAUAGAAAAUUCGGCCAACAAAGCACGCUAAUUAGACAUAAAGUCACUCAUACGGGUGAAAAAUCAUUUUCAUGUGAAGUUUGCGAUUUAAAAUUUAGUCAGCCAAGUAUUUUAAAUACACAUAAAAGGAUCCAUACUGGUGAAAAACCAUUUUCUUGUGAAGUUUGUGAUAAAAAAUUUACUCGCCAAAGUACUUUAAAACGACAUAAACAAAUUCACACGGGAGAGAAAUCUUGUUCGAGUGUUGUUUGUGGAAAACUAUUUUCUUGUGAUAAUUGUGAUAAAGAAUUUUCUCAGUUUCAAGCCUUAGUUCAACAUAAAAGGAUUCAUAUCGAAGAAAAACUUGAAAAUUUUACGAAAAGUGGACUAAUUGAAGAAGGAAAUGUACAACAAGAAGUAAAUUUGGAGCAAGUAUUAAUUAAAGAGGAAAUAUUCGAAGAAAAUGACCCAAUGGAACUAUUGAAAGAUCCAACCGAACAAUUAGAAGUUAGAACUCCUUCAAAAUGCCCAAAAAUUAAAAAAUAUUCGUGCAAUUUUUGUAAUAAAGCAUUUAGUCGACGAAGUAAUUCAAGAAGACAUGAAAGCAUUCACGCGAGAGAAAAACGAAAUCAUUUUGAAGAUAAAUUUACAAGAAAUGAAAUUACUGACGCAGAAAAAGUAAAUUUCGAGCAAGAAUUAAUAAAAUUAGAAGAAAAGGAUACAACUGAGAAUGAAAACAAUAAAUUAAAAGUGAAAAUUGUAUCAAAAUCUCGAAAAAAUAUACCAUAUUUCUGCGAUUUAUGUAAUAAAACAUUCAGUCGACGAAGUAAUUUAAUUGUACAUCAACGUACUCAUACCGGAGAAAAACCAUUUUCAUGUGAAAUUUGUGGUAAAUCGUUUUCUCAGUCUCAACGUUUAAUACAACAUAAACGGAUCCAUACCGGUGAAAAACCAUUUUCUUGUGAAAUUUGUGCGAAAAAAUUUCGUCAUCAAAACAAUUUAACUGUUCAUCAACGAAUUCACACGGGAGAAAAACAAUUUUCAUGUGAUGUCUGUGGUAAACAAUUUUUCCAAGAAAAUAAUUUAAAUGAGCAUAAACGAAUUCAUACUGGUGAAAAACCAUUUUCAUGUGAUGUGUGUGAUAAAACAUUUAAUCGACAAAGUAAUUUAAUUGUUCACAAGCGAACUCAUACUGGGGAAAAACCAUUUUCAUGUGAGGUUUGUGACAAAAAAUUUAGUCAACUUGGUAGUUUAAUUAAACAUAGAAAAAUUCACGUCAAGAACGAUCUUAUCAAUGAAGUAUUUGAAGAAGAAAAUGAUUUAGUUAAAGGUGAAUCAAUUGACAUCGAUGAAAAACCUUUUCAACUUCAUUUAGAUAAUGAAAAACUUGAAAAUUAUAAUAAAAUUGAAGACAAAUUUACGGAAAAUGGAAUUAUUGCAGAAGAAAAUGUUCGAAUUAAAGAAGAAAUCAAUUUUUCAUUUAAAGAUAAAAUUGAUCCUUUAUUGAUCAAUGAAGAAAAUAACAUUAAACGUGAACAAGACGUAAAUAAACAAAUAUUGAACGAAAAUAUUAAAAAGGAGGAAAAUGGUUUACUGACCCAAGUUUUAAUUAAAGAAGAAAUAGAUCUGGAAUGUGUGCUUAUUAAAGAAGAAAAUGUUAUCAUGGAAAAUCAACCAAUUUAUAAUGAAAAUGAAAAAUUGAAACUUAAUAAAUUGGGGGUGAGUGAAAAAUUAAAUGAAAAUAAUACAAAACUGUUUUCAUGUGAUUUUUGUGAUGCAAGAUUUCGUCUACAAAUAAAUUUAACACGACAUACAAGAAUUCAUGGUAAUCGAAUUCAUACUAGAGAAAAACCAUUUUCAUGUGAAGUGUGUGAUAGCAAAUUUAAUUACCAAAAAACUUUAAUCGAACAUAAACGAAUCCAUACCGGUGAAAAACCAUUUUCAUGUGAUGUUUGUGAUAGUAAAUUUACUCAUCGAAGCACUUUAAUAAGACAUAAAGUAACGCAUACGGAAGAAAAACCAUUUUCAUGUGAAAUUUGUGAUAGAAAAUUUAGACAACAAAGUUCGUUAGGUAGACAUAAAACUCAGCAAAGUGUUUUAAAUACACAUAAAAGGAUUCAUACAGGUGAAAAAUUUUCUUGUGAAAUUUGUGAUAAAAAAUUUACCCGCCAAAAUACUUUAAAACAACAUAAACGAAUUCACACGGGGGAAACCCCUUAUUUAAGUGAUAUGUGUGAAAAAACAUUUUCAUGUGAGGUUUGUGAUAAAUCGUUUACUCAGUCACAAGGCUUAAUUCAGCAUAAAAGGAUUCAUACUGGUGAGAAACCAUUUUCUUGUAAUAUUUGUGAACGAAAAUUUUGUUGGAAAAGUAGUUUAUUUGUACAUAAACGAUCUCAUAUUAAUGAAAAAUCAUUUCAAAUUAAAAAAUUUUCGUGCGAUUUUUGUAAUAAGGCAUUCAGUCGACGAAGUAAUUUAAGAAGACAUGAAAGAAAUCACGCGAGAGAAAGAAAGGAAAUUCUUGAAGAAGAAAAUGUACAAAUUAAAGAAGAAGUCAAUUUGGAGGAAUUUUUCAUUAAAGAGGAAAUAUUCGAGGAAAAUGAUCCAAUGGAAGAUGAAACCCAGAAAUUAGAAGAUAAAACUCAUUCAAAAUCUGGAAAAAACAAACCAAAAUGUCCAUUUUGUAAUAAAAUCUUCAGCCAACGAAGUAAUUUAAUUGUACAUCAACGCACUCAUACCGGAGAAAAACCAUUUUCAUGUGUAGUUUGUGGUAAAACGUUUUCUCAGUCGCAUGGUUUAAUUGAACAUAAACGAAUUCAUACUGGUGAAAAACCAUUUUCCUGUGAAUUGUGUGAUAAAUCAUUUAAUCGACGAAGUAUUUUAAUUGCCCACAAACGAACUCAUACUGAAGAACAACCAUUUUCAUGUGAAAUUUGUGGGAAAAAAUUUAGGCAACUAAGUGGUUUAUUUAAACAUAAAAGGAGGAUUCACAUCAAGGGUGAUUUUGCUAAUGAAAAUGUUGCAGAAGAAAAUGUUCGAAUUAAAGAGGAAAUAAAUUUUGAUCAAAUGGCAAAUAAUUCAUUUAAAGAUGAAAUUGAUCCUUUAUUGAGAAACGAAGAAAACAACAUUAAACGUAAACAAGACGUAAAUAAACAAAUACUGAACGAAAAUGUUAAAAUGGAAGAAAGUGGUUUAGUGACACAAGUUUUAAUUAAAGAAGAAAUAGACCUGGAAAAUGGUAUAAAUCAAGAAAAUGGGAAUUUGAAGCAAGUAUUGAUCAAGGAGGAAAAAUUAGAAGAAAGUGACUCAAUGGAACAUGAACAUGGUCAAAAAAAUAAAAAAUUUUCAUGUGAUUUUUGUAAUAAAACCUUCAAUCGAGGAAGCCAUUUAAUUGUACACAAACGAAUUCACACGGGAGAAAAACCAUUUUCAUGUGAAAUUUGUAAUAAAACCUUCAAUCGAGGCAGUCAUUUAAAAGUACAUACACGUACACAUACCGGGGAAAAACCAUUUUCAUGUGAAAUUUGUGGUAAAUCGUUUUCACAGUCGCAACGUUUAAUUGCCCACAAUCUAAUUCACACGGGUGAAGAACCAUUCUCUUGUGAAAUUUGUGAUAAAAAAUUUCGUCAUCAAAAUAAUUUAAUCGUUCACAAACGAACUCACACGGGAGAAAAACCAUUUUCUUGUGAAAUUUGUAGUAAAGAAUUUUCACAUCAAAAUGUAUUAAAUCGACAUAAAAAAUUGCACACGGGAGUGAAACCAUUUUCGUGUGAUUUCUGUGAUAAGAAAUUUUUACUAGAAAAUCAUUUAAAUGAUCAUCAACGAAUUCAUACUGGUGAGAGACCAUUUUCAUGUGACGUGUGUGAUAAAACAUUUACUCGAAAAACUAUUUUAACUGUUCACAAAAAACGUUAUCACACGAGAGAAGAAUCAUUUUCAUGUGAAGUUUGUGGUAAAAAAUUUAAUCAACUAAGUAGUUUCAAUAAACAUAAACGGACUCACAUCAAAGACGAUCUUAGCAAUGAAGUAUUUGAAGAAGAAAAUGUUCGAAUUAAAGAAGAAAUCGAUUUUGAGCCGGUAUUGAUUAAAGAGGAAAUAUUAGAAGACGAUAAUGAAUGUUGGCGUGGUAGUUUAAUUGUGCAUAAACGAUCUCAUACGGAUGAAAAAUCAUUUUCAUGUGGAUUUUGUGAUAAGAAAUUUUCACAUCCAAGUACUUUAAAGAAACAUCAAAGAAUUCACAACCAAGAAGAUUUUAUGGGUGGGGAUGAAAAUGAUUUUAUUAAGGAAGAAAAAUCUAUGAAAAGUGAACUAAUUGAAGAGGGAAAUGUACAAGAAGAAGUAAAUUUGGAGGAAGUUAUGAUUAAAGAGGAAGCAUUCGAAGAAAAUGACUCCGAACUAGAUGUGAAAAAAACUAAACCACAUUCAUGUGAUUUUUGUGAAAAAAGUUAUAAAAAUCGAAGAAAUUUAAUUGUCCAUCAACGGCUUCAUACCGGUGAAAAACCAUUUUCAUGUGAUGUGUGUGAUAAAAGAUUUUCACUACUUCAAAGUUUAGUUCAACAUAAACGAAUCCAUACGGGUGAAAAACCAUUUUCUUGUGAAAUUUGUGAUAAAAAAUUUACGCAACAAAGUACGUUAAUACAACAUAAACGUAUUCACACGGGAAAAAAACCAUUUUCAUGUGAUUUCUGUGAGAAAGCAUUUGUUCAAGAAAAUAAUUUAAUUGAUCAUUUGAGAGUUCAUACUGAAAUAAUUACGAAAAGUGGACUAAUUGAAGAAGGAAAUGUACAAGAAGAAGUAAAUUUGGAGCAAGUAUUAAUUAAAGAGGAAAUAUUAGGAGACCAGGACACAAUGGAACUUCUGAAAGAUCGAACAACCGAACAAUUAGAAUUUAAACAUCGUACAAAUUUAACAGCUCAUAAACGACUUCAUUCUGGAAAACGAUUAUUUUCCUGUGAAGUUUGUAAUAAAGUUUUUAUCCAAGAAAACAGUUUAAUUGAACAUGAACGGAUUCAUACUGGUGAAAAACCAUUUACCUGUGAAAUCUGUGAUAAAAAUUUUACACAACAAAGUUCUUUAAAUCGGCAUAAAAGAAUUCACAUCAAAGAAGAUUCUAUCGAUGAAGUCUUUCAAGAAGCAAACGAUUUAAUUAAAGAAGAACCAAUUGAGAGUGAUGAAAACCUUGAAAACUACGUUUGCAGGGACAAUCAGAGAUGGCAUUGGAUUGCAUGCGAUAAAAAUUAA